GAAAAAUGUGUCAGACCGAAGGGUAGCACCGAGGCGCGGCCAAAGACGCACUGGACAGCCGCCUACGUUAAGGAACAAGAACGUACCUCCUACCGACCGGAUUCAACAUUGUCGUGCGUAAAAUUGGCACGCACAGAUUCACCGAUGUGGUAGACUCUGGACCAUUAACUGGACCAAUCAGAGGUCUCCAUUAAGAGGAUACAGGAAGUAGGAUAUGUCCCAAUCAGGAAGCCCAAUGGGUGACCAGGCCCCUCACAUCACAGAAACCUGCUUUUCAACUGUGCUCCAUAUAUCUGAACCAGGAGAUGAAGAUUAUGAACUACAACACUCAGCCAUGCAAAACCAAAACCAAAGCAAAACCUCCACAGAAGAAGAAGUGAAGGAGGAAGUAGGUGAUGUGGUUGACAGGUUGGUGGUUCCAAAGACUGUCAUUUUAAGCACAGAGAGUCCAGUAUAUCAGAAAGCAGGCACCCAACAACUUAUCCCAAAAAAUUUAGCUGUCUCAAGUCGACCCAAAAACAGACACCACACAACAGUGGUUACUUUUCCUGUGGGACUUGAGUUAUCCAAAAGUGGAAACGAAUCCAAGAGCAGACAUUCAGCAGCAGGUCCGGAGGUGCCCUGGGACGAGUAUGAUAGUGAUGGAGAAGGAUUUGGGUUUAGGAGGAAUCGCAGGAACAAGUCGUACAAAGCAGCAGUGACCGAAGUGGGAUUUACAGCAAAAGGCAGUUCAAACAUGCUGGAGCCCGUGCAGGAGAGGAGAGCCAUCAGCCCAAGUCCAUCGAGGAGUCCUGGAAGAAAGAGGACGCUUGGAAGAAAGAGGAACCAAAAGCAGCGUGGAUCAUUCAAAGACGCCACUCCAAGGCUGUACCAGGAUGUGAGAGAGCGGGGGCUGCACUCCACAAACCAGGAUGAGCUGUUGGAUGAUUUUGUGGUGGUGGAGCACCCAGUGGAGGAGGAGGACCAGGGCAUCGUGGUGCGGAGCUAUAGACCUGUUCAGCUCACCUGGAGUCAGCUGCCACAGGUGAAAGAGACUGGAAUCCUGUCUUUGAUCACGCCCCAGGAGAGGAAGCGACAAGAGGCUAUUUUUGAGAUCAUCACCUCCGAGCACUCAUACCUCCACAGUUUGGGGAUCCUGGUGCGACAUUUUAAAAACAGCGAAGCCCUCAAAAAGACUAUGACCAACACGGAGCAUCACCAUCUCUUCUCCAACAUUUCGGUCAUUGAAGAAGUCAGCAAACGUUUUUUUGAGGAUUUAGAAAGGCGUCACUAUGACAACGUAGUGAUCCGGGACAUCAGCGACAUUGUUCAAAACCAUGCUGCCCAUCAUUUUGAACCCUACAUUGUGUACUGCUCCAACGAGACCUUCCAGCAGAGGACACUACAGAAACUACUGAGUACUAACACAGCAUUUAAAGAUACACUGAAACAGAUAGAAUCAAGCAGUGAAUGCGGAGGCCUUCCUAUGAUCUCCUUCCUCAUUCUUCCCAUGCAGCGGGUCACCAGACUGCCACUGCUACUAGAUACAAUUUGCCAGAAAACUCCAGACAAAACAGCUGAGUACUUUGCGGCAGUCUGGGCUUUUCACGCCAUGAGCAAGUUGGUCACAAGCUGCAAUGAGCGGGCGAGGCAGAUGGAGCGGACAGAGCAGAUGUACACUAUACAGAAACAAAUGGACUUUGGAAAAAUUAAGCCGUUCCCUCUUAUUUCGUCCUCACGUUGGCUCAGGAAAUGUGGAGAGCUGACCAUGUCCCCUGAGGAGCUUAGCAUCUGGAGAGCCUUCAGCCAGAGGAGCUACUACCUGUUUCUGUUCAAUGAUGUGCUCAUAGUCACCAAGAAAAAGAGUGAGGAGAGUUUCGUGGUGACGGACUAUGCUACUUUGGAGAAUGUGGAGGUAGAGGUACCUGAAGAUACAGAUGGGAAGACUGGGUCUCCACCUCCAAAAAACAGCCACUUUCUCUCCUUCAAACUGCUCAUGACCAAGAACAGUGACGGGAAGGCAGAACACAUCCAUCUAGUGGCUGACUCCAGGGCGGAUCGGGCUCGGUGGAUUGUUGCUUUAUCGGAACAUAAACACGCCGGCGUCUUCACUUGUAAAGAUGGCCUUCCCCAAUAUGAAGCUACUAAAGCCUAUAUGCCAAAGCAACCUGAUGAACUGGGAUUGCAGCAGGCUGAACUUGUAAUUCUUCUACAAAAAGAUGAUGGUUGGUGCUUUGGAGAGAGGAUGAGAGAUGGAGAGAGAGGGUGGUUUCCUGCCAGCUGUGCGACUGAAAUCACUGAUCCCACUGCCAUAGAGAACAAUGUGCAGCGUAUGAAGAGGCUGCGAAAGGAGACCAAUGUUUAAUAUGAACUGCUAAAUUGGAUGUCCAUUUUAAACUGAACUUUUCAAUUUACUCCCAUCUCAAUGGGAGGAUUCAUAAUGUGAUGUUAUAUUUGUGUAUGACCAUUUUAAGCUGAAACGCCAAGUUUUAUUGCUUUUGUAAAAUAGUAUUUCACUUUAUCAUCGUGCUCUACAGAACAGAGUCCUCAUUGUGCAGUUGCUAUGGUUUAUAACAGACCUCACUGAAUACCUGCUGUGUGUGAAUACUUAUUUGUACUGAGUUGUAUUAAAGAAAUAUUAAUCAUAAGAGAUAUAAGCAUUCAAACUGAUUCAAAAGUGUAUCUAGCCCCUACAUUUUGUCACUGCA